CCCUCUCUGAGUCUCAGUCUGAGAGGAGAGGAGAGGAGGCAUGGUGCAGCAGCAAGGACACUGAACCAAACAAGCUGUGCCCCUCCUCUCGGUCUGCCUUCCUCUUCCUCCCACCUUGCCAAGGACUGCUCCCUCCAUGAAUUCCAGCCGGAGCCUCCUCUCGUCACCACUCUUUGCUAGCUCGUCUCCAAACUUGAGGAGCACUACCUCUGUCCCUUCCUCCCCAUCACCCUCACGCACCUCAGUUCCAAUGAUACAUGACAACACCGGCAGAGCAUCAUCCACGGCGUGCCACUACUCGCCGUCGCUUGUGGCAGAAGAGCAGCUUCUUCAUGGUCCCAAAGAUACCUUAACCUUGAAGGGCGAGAAGGCUUUGCUUGAGCUGCUGCUAGAUAUGGCUCUGGACCAGCACGUCGAUGGGAAGAAGAAGCUCAUCGUUAGUCAAGAGACACAAGAUAGUGAUUUCGAGAGCUAUUUAAGAGAUGCUGCAAGCCGAGUGCUUUACCAGCCACAGCCAGCAUUCACUGAAGAAGACGAUGAUGCUACUUCAGCGAGCUCUUCAACAUCGACUGCAAACUUAGGUUCAACGACGCUGGCAAAGGAGGUGGCAUUGCCAGCACAAGAAUCGAACACUUCAACCACCCAACUGGAUGUGUCGCAGCUUCACCGUGUGGAUACGAACCACUCAUACAAGGAACUGCUGAGCAAAGGGCAAGUGUUCGUUAGAUCCAAAAGGCUACUUGAGAGGAGAUCCAAGAAACGGAAUGCUCCCAGAGCAUCAAGUAAUGAGGUUCUGUGCACGGUUGUCGGCUCCAAGAAGGAAGAGAAGCCAAAGAAGGUUGGCAGAGUUCUUGAUCCAGAUGAGCCUUUUAAGUUGUUUCUACGAGAUCGUGAGACGACGGAAUUCUUGGCGGCAAAAGAAGAGAAACAUUUGUUCAGCCAAAUACAGAAUCUUAUGAAGUUAGAGGAGGCUCAGCGUAAAUUACAAGUUCAAUGUGGUCGUGAGCCGACAGUUGCAGAGUGGGCUCAGGCUGUAGGAAUGAGCUGCAGGGAGUUGCAGUCCUCUAUAAGCACUGGAAGACGGUGCCGGGAGAAGAUGGCUCGCUCCAACUUCCGCCUUGUGAUACAUGUAGCUAGAAAAUACGAGGGAUAUGGUCUUGACAUUCAGGACCUAGUUCAGGAUGGAUGCUGUGGGUUGAUGAAGACCUUCGAGAAAUUCAAUCCAAGCAAGGGAUGUAGAUUCCCGACCUACGCAUAUUGGUGGAUACGCCAAUCGAUUAAAAAGUCCAUUUUCAAGAAUUCAAGACUAAUCCGAUUGCCGGAGAGUGUCUUUGCACUUCAGAGCAAAGUCAGCAAAGCAAGAACGGAAUGCAUAAUGCAAGGGGAGCAGCCCACAAAUGUGAAUGUAGCAAGACGUGCUGGCAUCACAAUUGAGAAGCUGGCAAGACUCAGAGCAAAAUUCAGAAAACCGCGGUCCAUGCAAGAUCGAGUUUGGUCGGAUGACGGUGUCACAUUCCAGGAGAUAACGGAAGACCCAAAUGUUGAGCCUCCUGAGCUCAGCGUAGACAGGCUGAUGAUGAGGCAGCAAGUCCGCGAUUUCCUGGGGAUCCUGAGCCCCAGGGAGAAGGAAAUCAUCGAGCACCGUUUUGGAAUCCACGAUGGGGAGCCCAAAACGCUUCAUGUCAUCGGCGACAUGUAUGGCCUGUCCAAGGAGAGGAUCCGGCAGGUCCAGAACAAAGCAUUGGACAAGCUGAAAAAGAGCGUGUCGGCGCAGGGGUUUGACGUUUACUUUGAUUUGCUAACUUGAACAGGCCAAGGAUCUCUUGGUUUCAAUUCAAUUGUUCAUACAAACGGUUUUAGCAAUUAGACGUGUAUACAAUACAUCCCCCAGCCAGGGAAAUGACAGGUAUAGAACCGAAACAAAAAUGCGGUAUACAGCAGAUUCACUGUCAUCUUUUUUGUUGAUGUAAGUAAAUUUUCCCAGGAAAUUGUUGGUACAUAUUGAAUUCAGCGUCAUAUUUGGAGCUGUAAGGCUGGAUUCAGCAUCA